UUGUACAGUCGGCAGAGGGAGAGCAUGAGAGCAUGCUUUGUCAUGUCUAUGACCACCUGUUUAUAGAGCAUUGUGUUGCCUUGUAGUGGUUAUUUUACUUUAUUAUUAUUUUUGGUCUGAAUCCUAUAAUCUGAACUCAAGUCAGCUUUCAAAAUGUUAUUUAUUUUUAAGUUAUAAAGUUUUUAUGUGUGUGCCUUUUAGGUCACAGAUGACUGCUUUUCUAUUACAAAAUUUGAACAAGACAACACUGUGGAAACAGUGCCUUUAAUAUGGCUGGAAAAAACACAAGAGGUCUUGACUUUUGAUAGUGUAUUAUGCUGGGGUUCAAAGUUUAAUAAUAUUAAAUUAUAAUUUAUUGUAAGUAAUGGUAACUUGUUUUGGUUUUGUGUCUCUUAACUGGAUUUUAAGAUCCCUGUUGUCAAACACACACUAAGGUGCUGGAGAAAGUAAUUGAGGACUUCAUAUCAGAAUCACUGAAGUUUGAACCACACAGAGAUAAGAGAACGGCUCCAGUUGGGGACCAAACACCCAAAACCGGGACUGUCCCCAAUCAACCUACUCCACACACAAUGCCCUCCAUGUUAAAGUUACUGCAUGAUUUUAAGUUUAAGAAGAUUUAAGAACUUCAGGGGCUGUAUUCACAAAACCCUAACUUGCCGAUUUAGGAGAAACUCUUAGAAAAAUGCAUAAAGGUUAAUUUAUGUUAAAGGCAAUAUGCAUUGAAUGAUGUAGAAUAAAACAUUUCAGUCAAGUUGAAAAUAAUGUGUGCUUUAUCAUCUGUGCUGAUAAAUAGUCUUGUGGGCAGCUCGGGUGAGCCAAGUUCAGUUCCGGCUCGUGGACCUUCUGCCAUGCUUUCCGAGGAGAUUGACGGCUCGAAAUUUAGCUCAGACCCACAGUUGUUCUCCUUAUCCCCGGCUCAGAUUGAGGAGUUGGAGUGGUGGAGGGAUGCAGAAUACUACUGAGGAAACUAGGUGAGCCUGCCUACUGCAGGGGUUCCCAAACACAUUCCUGGAGCCUCCCCAGAACUCCAAGACCUGAAAUGGGUGUGUCGGAUAAAGGAGACACGGAUAAAGGAGCAAAAUGUGCAGUGCUGGGGAGGCUCCAGGAAUGUGUUUGGAAACACCUCGCCAGGCUACUGGCCCGACAGUGGAAACGCAACUUGAUUUUGGCCCCGUUCUUGAGGUCCAAAGCUAUUGGCCCAGCACAUCACGUUGUUAGCCCCGGCUCGCACUGGCCCAACAGUGGAAAAACAGCUAUUGUAGUGCUGAUAGCCACCAUUUGAGCUUGUGUAAAAAUAAUGCAAUGUUUGCAUUACCCAAUUACACCUUCGUGUGCACAUUAGCAAAGCAAUACCAACAAAUAAGUUACACAUUAUUUAUGCAAAUUCUGAAAGUAGCCAUUAAUGAUCACUUGAUAGGCACAUAGUCCUGUCAAGUGUUCUUUUAUCAAAACAUCAGAUGUCUCGCAAGCCACACUACACAGAAUAACUGACAUUUGUUCAAUGUGAGAAACAUCAGGCGAAUGGCUAAAUUCUGUUCAGCUAAAUGGCAUAUUGUGCUGAUGAUUCUGGUUAGUACGGCACACCAGUGAUUUCUCUCGCUCUUGAUCAGCUCCAUGUUACGACGGUCCAGUUUUCUUACUGGCAAUUCCAGACUUGAGAGCAUGCCAUGUCUCCAUCCUUCGUCUUUCCACCCCUCUGCUCUUUAGUCACUGCUGCACAAGCACUAGAACUAGCUAAACUAAGGUUAGCUUCUUGAGCAGUAUCAGAACCUUUCGGGAAAAAGUUAAUUUUGGAUAGCUUUCCAAGCUUUUCCAUUUUGCCUGUGCAUGCCUUCUGUAUUCAGCACCACUAGAAUUUGAACUUCUCAUUGUGAUUCCCUGCUCUUAACAAAGCCAUCGAUUAUUCAAUGUUCGUGCUCGUCAUGGUGCAGCCUGUGGCACCCUCUAGUGGUCUUGCCCCCGUCAGUUGCCUAGUUUGACCAGCGCUUCCCCCGGCCCUGGUCAUUCUGCUUGAAGAAACAGAAGAAUGUCCUACUGAUGACCACUCUACAUAAAGAUGCCCUUGUGAGUACCAGGGAGGACAAGAAGCCAGAAGUCAUCUACUACAGCAAAAACAAACAAGGAGUUGACAAACUUGAUAAGAUAUGCUACUUUUUUGUACUGUUCACUAUUUUAGUACAUUGCCUAAUGGUUUAAUAUGGUGUAAAAGCAUUGUCUGCAAGGCACAUGCAAUAUCCUGUUAUCAGUCAUGUGGAUCAUUUCACAAAAUAACCAGUUGCAAGGUACAUAAAAAUUCUUUUGUCAGUCACUUGCAUGAGUUCACAUAAAGACCUGGUGUUUGUCAUUUUGAUUUGUUUUUAAUUAGGAAAAAUUAAAGAAAAUGAUCACUUUGGUAUUGUUGCUCCAUGACAUUUUCUUUGUGUGACAGUGUCAACACAAGGGUUAAGGACAAAAAAUGUAAUACAUUUGGAAAAAAGGGCCAUAUCAGUCACGUUUGCAGGAGAAGUAACAAUGACAUUUAGUGAUGUUUGUGACGUGUUUGAAACGUCACCAUCAUUAAAUACGUGGCCAAUUAGGUACCGCUCCACUUUUGUAUAUAAGUUCGUUGUUCAUGCCCCCUGGAUUGCGUCUUGGUCGAAAGCCCGCCCCUCUUUGUUUCCUUUCACUGUUGUAGAUCGCAGAGGUACGUGUUUUUAGCAAUGUAGCUUUGUUGUUGGAUUCGAAUGCUAUGCCGUGAUAUCAUGCAAUCUUUAUUUUAGUGUGACGUUGGUCCGCCAAGGCUGUGUGUGUGUGGUGUACUGCUUACCCCCAGGUAAGUUUUAAUGUGGUACAGUCGCGGUGUUGUGGGAAGUUUUGUUUGAGUUACCUACAGUUAUGCGUUUUAGCGCGGUGUGUUUACAGGGUGCCCACCUGUGCGUCAGGGCAGCACAAUAGCCAGGUCGGAGCGCCAGCUGUUGAUCGACCUAACUAAAGGAGCUACCAUAUGACUUUAUGAGUGUGUGUGUAUGGUUGUGAGUGUCACGUCGUCUAAUAAUGUGAGUAACUUGUUCCUCUCUUGUAAAUCAUUGUAUGCUUUAAGUUGAGUGUAAUAAACAUUUAUGUUUAGGGUCCUCGUUAAGGCAUUACAUCACGCUUCCUCUCUCGCUCUCUCUCUCUCUCCAACCCGCGCUCUGGACUGCGCUGCUGCUUUGGGUCAUUGACACCUCUGGUCCAGCGGUUAAGUGGGCUAGAUAUUUGUUUUCUUUGUUUCUCUUUUUGUGGUUAUUAUUUUUGGUUCGUCUUAUUUGUUCUUUUAUUUAUUUAUUUAUUUUUUUUUUUGUAUUACUGUCACCAACUCUCAGUUUGUGAUUUUGACUGUGUGAUAACAGUCACUAUUUAUUGGAGUGAGUUACCGCUAUGCGGUAUUCAUGAUCUCGAGCAGUCUUGAGCCGUGAUCAGUUCUGAGUUUGUGAUCUUUGUCGUGACAGUAUACGUUGUUUUCUGUCUGUAAUAUUUGUAUUUUUAUUUGUACCCUUAUAUUGUUUGAGUAUUGUAAGUUUUUUUUUUUUUUUUUUUUUUUUUUUUUUUUGUGUGUUUUAUAUUUGUUUCAUAUAUUGAUUUUGACUUUGCUUAUGUUGGUUUGGUUUAUUUUGUAUGGUGAUUGUUUUUCUUUCUUUUUGUGUUUUCCAGGAGCUGAGUAUUCCUUGGGAGCGGGCUGGUGCUGGGUUGCACAGGCUUCACUUCGACAAGGAUUGUCACUUAUUGCUGUGUCACUAUUUUUGGUCAUUAUUUGCAGUGAAUUUUGUGGAUGUGAUUCUGAUUGGCGGGAUUUCUUUUGUGCACUGAGUGCACCAUACUAGCCCGCUUCUCAUAAAAGGAAGCCUCAGCCCCUAUAUCAAGUAAUUUCAUAUUUGUCUUUUUUUCUUUUUUUCUCAUUCGACUAAGACCAUCUAAAUCCUGUGUUUGGGAUUUUAAAUUUUGUAAACCCUUUUAACUUUAAUAAAGAAAAAUAACUGUUUAAACGGAAACUCACGCCUCCUGCCUUUGCUAAGUGGAACGUAUUUGCGUGUUCUUUUGGUUAUUUCCCCAUUAUUUCGGGGUGGCGUAGUCACUACUAAACAGCCACUUGCUACAGACAGAAAAACUAAGAGUGGAAACACAGCAAAAAUGCCCAAUGCUCCUUUGCUCAACUGACAUUGUUCUCCAAACAGUGGACAAGCAUUGCAUCCUGAAGGUGUAAUUGAUGUGCAUGUGAAAAUGGGCAAGCAGACAGCUGAUCUUCCAUUGUAUGUUGUGCGGGGGGACUAUCUACCACUCUAUAGCAGAGAGCGGUUGUGUCAGAGCAAACUGAGCUGCAAAGAAAUAAAAAGUCCAGUUGAAUACACUAGAAGUUGAGAGAAAUGAAGAGCAUAAAAGCUAAAAUAACAUUGAAACCUAGACACAAACCCAAGUUUUGCCAGCCCAGAGUCGUUACGUAUGCUCUUCAUCCAAAUGUCAAAGUGGAGCUGAACCGUGUCAUGAAAUGGGAGUACUGUCACUGGUACAGUACAGUGAAUGGGCUACUCCAAUAGUCCUGGUUGUACAGAAAAAUGGAGCAGUGCGCAUCUGCGGGGACUUUAAGAGUCAUGGCCCUUUUAAUAUAAUGCACUUUAACAAAACAAAGAUGACAUUUGAUUUUAUUUAUUGAUCUGAUAUUCUGUGGAGAAACUGAGAUGGAAUAAGAUGGAUAUAUUCGACAAGGAUUCAGAUUUAGUUAAUACAGUAAAUAAUAUUAUAUUGUUAGUUAAUACAUUAGUAUAUCUCUCUGCAAUGACAAACUUAAUUUUUAACUACAAAUUUUUAAUGAAGAUCAAGAUGCUUGUAAUUUAUUCAUGAUUUAUUCAUGAGAAUUAAUGCUCUGUAGUUUGUAUAAUUUUUCAGUGGUAUUGAUAGCUUUGGGAAUCUGUGAUUUGUCCUUUUGAAUAAACUUUUAUCUGAUCAUAUUUUGAAAGUGUUUUCUGUAUGUGAACUAUUUCGUGUGAACGGGACUUUUAUUUUGGUGUGUUGACAUGACGUCAUAAGGCUGCGCCGCACUCGUGCAUCUGUGAUUCUGCUGAAGAAAGAGUGUCCAAACACACAGAUAAACUCCUGGUGAAGCGACUGAGAUCCACGUGACACACUAUUAUAAAGAUGGAGUUUAUUAAAGAGGAGAGUGAAGACGUGAAGAUUGAAGAAACAUUCAGAGUCAAACAUGAAGAAACUGAGGAACAAACAGGCCUUAUGAAGCUGAAAGAGGAGAGUCAAGAUAUGAACGAAAUGGAGAAGAAAAAUCAGGAUGAGAAGUGUCAUGAUUUCAUGACUGGGGAAAAAUCUGUUAGUUCCUCACAGACUCAUAAAACAGAUUCUAGAAACCUCCAGAUGAGAGUUCCCACUGGAGAGUGCUCUUUGACCUGCCAACAGUGUGGAAAGAGUUUCAGUCGAAAAGGAAGCCUUAAAGUCCACAUGAGAAUUCACAUUGAAGAGAAGCCUCACACCUGCAAACAGUGUGGUAAGAGUUUCAAUCGAAAAGGAAGCCUUGAAGCCCACUUGAGAGUUCACACUGGAGAGAAGCCGUUCAUAUGCACUCAGUGUGGAAAGAGAUUUAGAUAUAAAGAAAGCCUUAGAGGCCACAUGACAAUCCACAGUGAAGAGAAGCCAUUCAUAUGCUUUCAGUGUGGAAAUAGAUUUAGACAGAGAAAAUACCUUAAUGCCCACUUGAAAGAUCACAAUGGAGAGAAGCCUCACACCUGCCAACAGUGUGGAAAGAGCUUUACAGUAAAAGGAAAUCUUAAGAGUCACAUGAAAGUACACACAGAAGAGAAGCCGUUCAUAUGCUCUCAGUGUGGAAAGAGUUUCAGACUUAAAGAAAGUUUUAAUAAUCACAUGAGGAUUCACUCGGGGGAGAACCUUUUUAUAUGUCAUCAAUGCGAAAAGAGUUUCACUGACAGUAAUCACCUUAAGAAUCAUGUAAAAAUUCACAUUGUAGAGAAGCCUUUCAAAUGCUGUCAGUGUGGAAAGAGUUUCACAAACAAAACAAACCUUGAGAAUCACAAGAGAAUCCACACUGGAGAGAAGCCUUUCACCUGCCCUCAGUGUGGAAAGAGCUUCACGCUCAAAGGAACCCUAAAGAUUCACAUUAGAGUUCACACUGGAGAGAAGCCUUACAAGUGUCUAGAGUGUGAAGAGUGUUUCGCAUAUCACACAGAACUGAAACGGCAUUUGCAAACUCAUGUAACGACUGAGACAAAUCAGAGAAGUGCUCAUAAAAAGCCCCCACAGGAGGAAUGUUGUCGCUCCGAAACCCAACCUUCUCAUUGGUCAGGUCAACCCUAAGAGGUGUGACUUCGACCCUUCUACCUCUCUCUUGCUUUGACGGACUGACGCCCUGCAGGGUGACCUCUUCAGGUCAUGGCCUGUAGUCCUAAACCUGCACCCCAGCCAUGGUCUCAUCUAGAAGGGAGAAAGAACUCUUUCCUACUACAAGAGUCAAAUUAACAGCUUAAGUUGUUUCAUAUUUCUUCACACAAAGCAGAAGAUGUUGAUUAUGACUUAGGACCAAACCAUCAAGGAUUUCUCCUCAGCCUGCAGAUCCGAUGCUCCUCAACAGAGUAAAGACAUUUUGCAAGUAUUGUACAUUUGAACACUAAACAGUGAUUUAGUACUAAUUUGUGAACCACCUUUGUUAGCUAAGGUGCUUUAUUACUGAGAAAACUAAUGAAUCUUUUCCAGAUUGUUUUUGACUUUUUCCCAUAGCUCUAUUUCCUGUCCCACUUAUGGUUCAACUCCAUCAUUGCUCAUUUUUACCUAUGUAUAUGUGUGACCUGAGUGUAUGUUAUGCGUUCAUGCGUUCAUAGUUAAUAAAACUUGUGUACAAUACA